CGCACACGUCGGGCAGAGACCUGGCGCUGGGCAGCCGUGAAGGGGAGCCCCAAGACAGGCUGCUUCAGCGGCAGCGCUCCAGGGAAGAGCCGAGGACGAGCAGAUCGCGGCGGCAGGAGAGGCCCUCGAGGGCAGCAACCCCUUCGCCGCUUCCCGGGGGGGCUGUCCUGUUCCCGCUCCGUCCUCGUCCCCUCCCCGACUGUGCCGCCGCGCCGCUUUCGGGGCUUCGCAUUGGCCCCCUCCUCGACUCGGCGGCCCCGCAGCCGCAGGCGCAUCCCGGGCACACCAGCUGGGCCGCUGGGCGGCGCCUCCUUCCCGGCGCAGGGCGAGAAGGAUCGAGAGGAGGAGGAGCCGCUGGAGCUCGAGCGGCCAUCGCAGCGCGGUCAGCUCGGUCGCCCAGGAGGACGGACGGACGCAGGGAGGGAGCAGGCGGGACGCGAGCCUCGCCGACACCCCACCUUCCUUCCAGCCCUAAGCGGCAGGCUGAGGACAAAAGGAGUGUAAACAGCCUUCGCAAAGCAAGCUUUCCUAAGGUUUCCUGCGGCCCCAGCUGGAUGGCAUCUCGCAUCCUGCACCGCUUGCGGCAUGUGCUGGCUGGAGAGGGGGAGCGGGACGGGCUGGCGGGUUGCAGCUCAGAAGCGGAAGAAUUUCCGGAAAGCUCUGAGCUAGAGGAUGACACGGAGGGCCUCUCCACGCGGCUCAGCGGGACUCUGAGCUUCACCAGUAAUGAGGAGGAAGAGGAAGAAGAGGACACCAGCGAGGCAAGAGGGGAGCAGGGGGAGUCCCUGGAACCGGGCCUGCUGGGCGAGACCACGGAGAACGGAGAGGACAGCCCCCCCUCGACGGAGCGCAGGGGCAGUAACCUGCUCACGCGGCAGUUGCAGGAGCUCUGGCGGAAAUCGCGGGGCAGCUUCGUACCCCAGCGCCUCCUCUUCGAAGUCACCAGUGCCAACGUGGUCAAUGAGCGCAACUCCAAGUACGUGCUCUACACCAUCUACUUGAUCCGGGCAGGGCAGUUUGACAAAGCUCCUGCCACCAUCGCCCGCCGCUAUUCGGACUUUGAGCGGCUGAACCGGCGCUUGCGUCGCCAUUUUGGCAGUGACAUGGCAGGCGUCUCCUUCCCCCAGAAACGGCUGCGGCGCAACUUCACAGCCGAGACGAUUGCCAAGCGCAGCCGGGCCUUUGAGCAAUUCCUGUCCCACCUGCACUCCUUGCCGGAGAUCCGCCGCUCAGCUGACUACCUGGAGUUCUUCUUCCUUAAUGACCUGCAGGGGGCCCAGCGCUUGACUUGCAGCGGCGUGUACCACCAGGCCCUGGCAGUCUGGACCAACAGCCAGCGGCUCCAGGAGAAACUGGGGGCCUGCCACUCUGGCCACUUCUUGCUGACGCUGGCUGGCCUGGCCGUCUGCCAGCAGGAGUUGGAGCAGCUUGGCGAGGCCCACGCCUCCUGCGAGCAGGCCCUGUGGCUGCUGGAGGCCCAGGACCGCCACCCGCUCCUGGCCCCCUUCCUGCAGGCCUACAUCCACCUCUCCUGGAUGCUGGGCAGGGACAAGCGGCAGGCCGAGGCCCGGCUGCAGGCUCUGCAGGAGGCCGGAGAGGUGGGGCUGCUGCUGCCCACCCUGAAGGAGCUGCUCAUCAAGCAAGCGCUGCCCUGACGGGGCCUUCGUGCAGCAGCAGGUGCUCAGGGACAGCAGCCUGGCUGGUUUUGCUUUGUGAGCGCAGGGCGGGGCUGGGGUGCGAGCAGGUCCAGAGGGGCUGUACUCCGGGCGACCUGGCCUCCGUGUGCCAGGGCAGCCCGCUCACCAGCCUGAGGAGCGCAGUGCCCGAAAGAGGAGCACUGCUGGGAUUUUUCUAGGACUCAGUAGAGGAACGCGCUGCUUCUCGGGGGGACGUUGAUGUUACUUGAAUGCUUGAUGGGGAAAGGGAUGGCAACGUCUGCCAUGCUUGUCUCGACACUGACCGCUGUGCCAGUUCAGCUUCUGGGGGGCGGAGGGCACGCCUCUGGGAGGCAGGCCAUGGUGGCAGAAGCCGGUCCUGCUGGCCCCUGCUGCUGCUGGCUGGGCUGGGCUGGGCGGGAAGUGCUGGAACCCCAAAAGGUGAAGAAGGGAAGCUUGGGAAGGGGGCUGCAGGCGGUCCUUUCUGCCUUGGCGCCCCAGCUGUGCUGUCCUGUGCCAUGGUGGGCAGAGGGGCUCGCUGCUCUCCCUCCUGCCGUGGGGUAGCGCAGAGGGAAAGGGGUGGCAUCUGGGUCGUCCCCCCACAUGCAGCCUCAGGAGACCAGAGCCUUGCAGGGCGGGGUGCAGACACUUUAUUAGCGAUGGGGACAGUCUGUAACUGAUCUGCCCGAUAAAGCAAUGCUCCUCAGUGCUCCUCCCUCUGGGUCUCUGUGCAAAUCCCACCCACUCAGCUUGUCUUCCGGCCAAGGUCCUGUGGGCCCCACUUGUGCCUCCUCGUAAGUGCUGCAGCGGGACAGGAAGCGCUUGCGCUACAGCUUGUUCCUGGUGUGGUGCUCCUGCACACGGAUGACACCUUCCUGGGCACAACUGGCAGCCAAGACACCGUCCCUGCGCCAGAGACGUCCGUGCACAAGGCCCCGGCACCCACCUGUGUGUGGAAGAGGGGGGGCGCUGAGCACUGUUUGCCUCAAAGCAGACCGCUCCUUCUCCCAGAGUCUCUCUCUCCCACCCACCCUGCACAUCCGGCAGCACCUUACCAGCCCAGGGGCUCUCACACUCGUACAGCAUCCAGUGGUCGGCUCUGAAGGGGGCAUGGAACCACAUGGAGUGAUCCAGAGAGACCAUGAAACUGACUCUGUGGUGUUUGUGGGGCAGCAGGGCUGUAUGCAGGAAAGCGUAGUCCGAGAUGUAGGCAGCCACGCAGCAGUGCAGCUUCAUGUCACCUUCACCUGUAACGAAGAUGGCACCGGCUGAAAGGCCAGCCCUGUCCUACAGCGUCUGAAGGAGAAGACAGUGUGUGGGGAGGGGCAGCUGCGGAGGGGUCAGAGGGCACCAUGGAGACUGCUGAAGGCCCUCUGCCAUGCAGGAGCCAGAGGGACGCAGGGACAGCCCUGUGCAAACUUGCAAGGCCCAAAUGACCUCCACAGCAGGUUCCUAGGCAUCAGAGUUGGGAAGCUGGCUCUGGAGACGUGCUAACCUAGAGAAGAAGCCCUAUAGUUCCAGGGCAGGAGCCUGCAUGUUCCCCCUCCACAAUCAUCUCUGCCCAAAAGUGUGUGUGUGUGUGUGUGUUUCAGUUCUGUAAAAUGAAUAAACAAUGGUUCAAGCUAAA